AGAUCUAACUCGUCAGUCAGUCUGUUAGCCAUCGGUCGACAAUCGAAGUAGAGAAACUUCGGAUUACGAAAAAUAAAUUAAAAAGAGACAUAAUUAAAAUUCUUUCAACACCGCCAAAAUAAAAAUGAGUUGUUGUAACAUUCGUAGCUGGAGUUUAAUUAUUGGCUGGGUCAAUGCGGUGGUGGCGCUUUUGGUCUUUAUAGCAUUGGUCGCAUUCGCCUGUGUCAUUGAUGAUAACUAUGCCAAAGAGAAUAAUUGGAAUGAGGAUCAAAAAAAUGCCUACUUUGCGGCAACAAUUUUGGGAUGUGUCCUAUGCGUCAUCUCCUUUAUUCUUAAUGUUAUGCUGAUUGUCGGUAUUUAUCAGGCCCGAAUUAAAUUACUAGCCAUUUAUAUAUACGCCAUGUAUGUGUCUAUUGGUCUCGGCGUUAUUGCAGCUGUUAUAACAUUUAUUGUUCGUUUAAUCUACAAAGAUCCGGCAGGAGAUGCCUUUCUGAAUUUCUUGAGAAAUUUAGUUUAUAUUGCAUUUGAAGUGAUAAUCUUCUCACCGGUCUACAUGCUGUAUAAGAAGAUAACUGAACCCGAGCCAGAGUUACAGGAACAUCGAGGUCCCAGCAAUAAUGAUUCGGCGAACAAGUCGACACCAUACAGCGGCCACAUAUGAGCUGGGAAUGUAGAAGCAGACACUAAUUUUUAAUUUCUAUAAUUACCUUAAAUAUUUUAAAAAAUUCAAUUAUUUGAAUAAAUUCUAAUUAAAUAUA